AUGUACUCUGAGUGGCGGACACUGCACCUCGUUAUCAAGAAUGACCAGGGUCACACCAGUGUGUUGCACAGCUAUCCUGAAAAUGUGGGCCGCGAAGUCGCAAAUGCUGUGGUCCGUCCUUUGGGACAGGCUCUCAAUGCUCCUUCCAUUGCUGCAAGUGAGAGCAUUCUAAAAACUGAUAAAGAGGUGAAAUGGACCAUGGAGGUCAUUUGUUAUGGACUGACAUUACCACUGGAGGGAGACACAGUGAAAUACUGUGUGGAUGUAUACACUGAUUGGAUGAUGGCCCUGGUCGCUCCAAAGGAUUCUAUUCCCCAACCAGUUAUCAGAGAGCCUAAUAUGUACAUCCAGAUCAUCCUUAAACACCUUCAGAAUGUCUUUGUGCCCAGACAGGAGCCGAUAGCAAACCAAAUUCGCCAUUGUCAUCAGGUGUUGCGUGCUGUUCAGAAGCUGGCCAAGGAUUCUACCAACAUAGCUCGUGAAACCUGGGAAGUUCUGCUACUCUUCCUGCUGCAGAUAAAUGACACAUUGUUGGCUGCUCCAACAGUCACAGGAGGCAUAGCAGAGAAUUUGGCUGACAAAUUAAUUGGGGUUCUUUUUGAAGUCUGGUUCCUGGCAUGUACACGCUGCUUCCCAACACCACCCUACUGGAAGACUGCCAAAGAAAUGGUGGCUAAUUGGAGACACCACCCUGCUGUGGUUGAGCAG